AAAGAAAAUGUCAUUUUUUAUAAAUAAAAAAAUGUCACAGUGUCAUUAAAAUUGUAACACAACAGUGCUCCAAAUUUGCCGUGGAUUUUCGAUCGCUGCCAUGGAAAAUAUUAACGAAUUGGAAUUUUAUUCGAAAUUUGCAAGACCAUUAAUAUUCGCUUUACCAGACGCAAAAGAUAGAGUCUUAGCUGCAGCAUGGGUGAAAAAGAUCAAGCUAGACGAACACGCAGGUGAAAAACUGAAAACUGACUAUAUUAAGUUGUUGCUCUUUGCACUUCAGAGAAAGAAACUUGUAGGGAUAUUUACAGAUGAUCCCACUAACUAUGAAGUACUUGAAGAAUUUCCUGGUGAGUACGAUUUGAAUGCUAUGGCAGAAGAUCUUAUCAUAGCUGAACAAAAGGAAAGACGAGCUAAUAUAAGAAGGCAGUUACAAGGCCAAAUAGGCGAUUUUCCUCCAUAUACCACUGAUAUAUCUUCGGAUUUAAGAGAGUAUGUUGCUGCCCAGGACAUACCUGGUUUUGGAGUUCACUGUUAUUAUGCGAUAUCCAAAGAUCCAAUCACUAGUUGGCAAAAAGCAGACAAAGGUAUUUUUCCAAAAAUGGCCAAAAGUGCUGUCGACACAUCUAGUCCACUUCCUAUGGGUACUCACGGUAAAUCAGCAGGGGUCUGUGUUACCUGUCCUGGUCCUGAAGGAGAUCCUUGUAAGCCCUUAGAACCCACGCCAGAUAAAAAGAAAAAAAGAAAAAUUAAAAUGAAGUUGGGUGACACUCCUCCGGUUAAACCAUUGGCUACUAAAAUUCCACCACAAGAAGAAAGGAAACCCCCAACUUGGAGCUCAACAUUAAUGGAAGUUCUUGAUGCACCAAGACCAACUGCAGCUACUGGAGCUAUUCCAAAAUUACGUUCUGAGAAAGGAGCACAACAAAGAUACGAACCGCUAGCGUUUAUGGAUUCGGAUUUGGAAGAAGAAUACAAUGAGAUUGAAAGGGCCAUGCGAGAUUUUGAACGUGGUGAAAUUAUCGAAGAGAGAAAGAAACGACGCAAGGCAUGUUUAUUUGAUGAUGAUGAUGAAGAUGACCAUGAAGAUGCUGGAAGGAAAGCCAAGGUGGAAUAUGAUUUUGAGAAAUUUUUCGACUUAAGUGAAACUGAAUAUGAACAGGAACUUAAAGAAGACUCUUUGCUUGUUAAAUACUUUAAAGAUACAAUACAUACAAGAACUAUGCAAAAAGAAAUAGAACGCGUAACAGAAAAUGCCCAAGGCGUACUACCUGCACAAGCUGGUAUUCCUUUAACUACUCCUAAACCGUCAGUUAGUCCUAAGAGACUUAAAUCACCGCAUCUUUACACAACUGAACCACCUCUGCCAAAAGAGACAUCAAAACAAUCGGACACUAGUAAACAGAAAUGUUCCUUUGAGUGUAGCGGUAGAGAUGGUGAAAUGGACAAACUAUUCCAAGAGGCACUGGCACUUUCAGACCUCAUUGAAGACGAACUGGAACCUGAUUAUAGUGAUAUCAAAACAGAUACUUCAACUAAAGAGGAUAUUUCACGAGAACAACAGAAAGAUAAAUCAUUACCAGAACCACAGGUACCACAACCUCAACCGAUGCAUCCAAUCGCAAGAGGUUCACCAGCUGCCCAGAAGGUAUUUGCAGAUGUAGUUCCAUCUUUGAUGGAGACAUUGCAACCUAGAAAAAUUCCAGAGACUCCACAAGCCGAGAAAAUUAUUGAUCAAGAUAUCGAUGUGUCUGGUUUACCCGCAGACACAAGUCUAGGAAAGACUUGCUAUGAUAGAAAACAACCAAUAAGACAGGUACCAGAGUCAACUUAUAGCACACCUCAAUAUACAAUGCGUCCUUUAUCACGCGUAGAAAGAGAAAAAGAAUACAUUGACUACUUGUUUAGAAAUGAUAGGAAGACCGCUGAAAUGUUAAAGAGAGUUGCAAAUGUAGUGUCAGAUAUUGAGCAAGAUGAGCCAGAACCAGAUAUAUUUCCAGCUACUCCACCUUUUCCUGAUAUAAGUGCAGUACAAGCUAUAGCUGACGAAACAUUUAGUGAUCUUGUUCCCACAAGUCCUCCUGCUUCACCUACUGUAUGCACAGAUCAACCACCUCAACAUGAAUUGUCACAAAUACAAAAAACAGCAAUACCCACUUCCAGAAUUCCUAAAGCUGGUGGAUCAAGAAUUCCCACGCAAAGUAGACUCAAAAAACCUUCAACAAAAACACAGAUUCCAACAAAGUCUACUGCUAGCAAACCAUGUCCUAGUGCAUCAACAGCAAGUAGCAUUCAAGAGCAAUAUUCACAAAGAACAGGGAUAGCACAACAGCAAUUUAGUCCUAGGGAACAACAGAAAUCUGUCCCCUCACCUCAACGAUUACCUGCUACUUUAGCACCGCAAAGAAGCCCAGAUGCGUCACAACAACCUCAAUUUAGUCCUAGAGAAAUACAACAAACUCCACAAAGAUUACCUCCUCCUCCUUUACCACCGCAAAGAAGUCCAGAUGCGUCAAAACAACCACAAUUUAGUCCUAGAGAAAUACAACAAACACCACAACGAUUACCUCCUCCUCCUUUAACACCGCAAAGACCAUCUCGUCAACCAACACCCCCACGUCCUUUCCCAGAUGAUGAAAGGAUGUUUGAUUUUGCUAAAGGCUAUAUUCCGCCGACGUAUCACACACCUCCUGGUAUAGAACAAGAGAUGGCACCUCAAUUUUUCUCCCCAGAACGAACACCUCCUCAACAAUUACGAAGCUAUUCCCCGCAACAAGCUAUGGAAGAACCUUCUAAGUUUUACCAAACACCAGUUCGAACAAGAAGAGAAGAAAAACGCUUACAUACGACUGUAAGGAGGCGACUAGAUGAGACGAAUGUUGAUGAAUUCAUUGCAGAUGUUAUGGCUAGACAUCCAGAUUUGCCUCCUUCCGAUUUUUCACCUCCUACAAGGACAUCUGCUCCACGACCUGCAGAAAUAUCCGGUUGGCAAUCGCCUGAAAGAGCUUUACCUAAAACACCACAUGCGCGGAUGCUUGAUGCAACACAACCUCCACAAUUUUACAGUCCCCCAGAAAUGCAGAAUCAAUACAUAACAUCUACAUCACCACCACCUGAUGUAAGCAGAAUAUCUCCAUCGACUGGAAUGUCUACAACACAACCUCCACAAUUUUACAGUCCCCCAGAAAUGCAUAAUCAAUACAUAACAUCUACAUCACCACCACCUGAUUUUAUCGGAAGAUCCACAUCGACUGGAAUGUCUCAUGAAGAUACAUAUCGAGAUUCUCGGGGAACUCCAACGAGAACAAGACCUCAAGCCGGUUCACCGUCACCAAGAAUUUGUCCAAGUUCACAAAAUAAACAUGAUUCCAGAAAUUUUUAAAUAUUUUCUAACUAAAUAUCUUAGUAAUUCAAUUUUUUUUAAAUCAAUUACUUCAUUGUUAUUAUGUGUUUUUUAGUAUGCAUUUUUAUAAUAUUGAUGAUAUAAAUUCAUCGUUUUGUCUUAUAUAUUU